UGCUUUUUGUUUCUUCUCUUUCUUCUUCCAAAUGUUGUUAAUCCUCCGGAGCGGUGACUGACUGAAGACGUCAGCGGGGCAGCAGCUGGAUUCUCAACCUUUCCCCGCUUGUCUGGAAAUGACAAGUGAGAGAGCGGUGCCGGUGUCGGGCUUGGACCGGCAGCCUGCUCCGGGUCACGGGCAGCUCGAGGCUGCGGGCUCCGCUGCCGCCGGUGAGGCGGUGAUGUUGUCCGGCUCGGGCUCGGUGCUCCUCCCGGCGGGGAUUAUUGAUCCAUCGGUACCCAUCAGGAAUAUCAGGACCAAAUUUGCGGUUCUCGUCGGGCUGAUCCAGGUCGGAGAGGUUAGCAACAGAGAUAUCGUUGAGACCGUGUUAAAUCUGUUGGUUGGUGGUGAAUUUGAUCUGGAGACAAACUUCAUUAUUCAAGAUGCAGAAAGUAUUGGCUGCAUGGUGGAGCUGCUGGAGCACUGUGAUGUCACAUGCCAAGCUGAAAUCUGGAGCAUGUUUACUGCCAUCCUUAGGAAAAGUAUGAGAAACCUGCAAACAAGUACUGAGGUGGGCCUCAUCCAGCAAGUACUGUUCAAAAUGAGCUUCGUGGAAGACAUGAUUGCAGAUUUGCUUGUGGACAUGUUGGGAGUGCUGGCCAGCUACAGCAUCACGGUGAAGGAGUUGAAGUUUCUCUUCAGCAUGCUACGAGGGGAAGGUGGCCGUUGGCCAAGGCAUGCCAUCAAAAUGUUGUCGGUGCUGAAUCAGAUGCCUCAGAGACAUGGUCCAGAUGCCUUCUUCAACUUUCCUGGGCGCAGUGCAGCAGCCAUUGCUUUACCUCCUAUUGCCAAGUGGCCUUAUCAGAACGGGUUUACAUUCAACACCUGGUUCCGAAUGGAUCCCUUGAAUAACAUUAACGUUGACAAGGACAAACCAUAUCUUUACUGCUUUCGUACCAGCAAGGGGAUUGGGUACUCUGCACAUUUUGUUGGUAACUGCUUGAUCGUCACAUCUCUCAAGUCAAAAGGAAAAGGUUUCCAGCACUGUGUCAAGUAUGAUUUUCAGCCCAGGAAAUGGUACAUGAUCAGUAUAGUUCACAUAUACAGCCGCUGGAGGAACAGUGAAAUACGCUGCUACGUCAAUGGACAGCUGGUUUCUUAUGGAGACAUGGCAUGGCACGUCAACACAAAUGAUAGUUAUGACAAGUGUUUCCUGGGCUCCUCAGAAACAGCGGACACUAACAGAGUGUUCUGCGGACAGAUAGGAGCUGUCUAUGUGUUCAGCGAUGCCCUCAAUCCAGCACAGAUAUUUGCAAUUCAUCAGCUGGGAUCAGGUUAUAAGAGCACAUUUAAGUUUAAGUCAGAGAGUGAUAUGCACUUAGCAGAGCAUCACAAGCAAGUGCUGUAUGACGGAAAGCUGGCGAACUCCAUUGCCUUCACUUAUAACGCCAAGGCCACUGACGCUCAGCUCUGCCUGGAGUCAUCACCAAAAGAAAAUUUCUCCAUCUUUGUGCACUCACCACACGCUCUAAUGUUGCAGAAUGUGAAAGCCACAGUGACACAUUCCAUCCACAGUGCCAUCCACUCCAUUGGUGGAAUCCAAGUUCUCUUUCCCCUCUUUGCUCAGAUGGAUUACCAUCAGCUGAAUGACAGCCAGGUGGAAACCACUGUAUGUGCCACUCUUCUGGCCUUUCUGGUAGAGCUGCUCAGGAGCUCAGUGGCCAUGCAGGAGCAGAUGUUGGGAGGAAAGGGAUUUCUGGUGAUUGGUUACCUGCUAGAGAAGGCAUCACGUGUCCACAUCACCAGGGCUGUAUUAGAGCAAUUCCUGUCCUUUGCAAAGUAUCUGGAUGGUCUGACACAUGGAGCUCCAUUGCUCAAGCAGCUGUGUGACCACAUUCUAUUUAAUGCUGCUAUUUGGAUCCACACCCCUGCCAAGGUGCAGCUUUCUCUGUACACGUACCUUUCUGCUGAGUUCAUUGGCACAGCAGCCAUCUACAACACAAUCCGCCGAGUGGGAACAGUGCUUCAACUCAUGCAUACACUGAAGUACUACUACUGGGCAGCCAAUCCUUCAGACACCAGCAACAUCAUGCCAAAGGGUCUUGAUGGUCCAAGGCCUACACAAAAAGAAGUAAUUUCUCUGCGGGCGUUCAUGCUGCUUUUCCUCAAACAGCUCAUCCUGAAGGACAGAGGUGUGAAGGAAGAUGAGCUACAGAGCAUUUUGAACUAUUUGUUAACAAUGCACGAGGAUGAAAACCUACAUGAUGUUUUGCAGUUGGUAGUAGCCCUCAUGUCUGAGCACCCAGCCUCCAUGAUCCCUGCUUUUGACCAGAGGAACGGGAUACGAGUCAUCUACAAGCUCUUGGCCUCCAAGAGUGAAAAUAUUCGAGUGCAAUCUCUCAAAGUCCUUGGGUACUUCCUGAAGCAUUUAGGACACAAGAGGAAGGUAGAGAUCAUGCACACGCGCAGCCUCUUUACUCUCCUGGGAGAGAGGCUCAUGCUGCAGAGCCACACCGUGACAGUGACGACCUACAACGCUCUGUAUGAGAUUCUCACAGAGCAGGUGUGCACGCAGGUAGUUCACAAACCCCAUCCUGAGCCCGACUCCACUGUCAAGAUUCAGAACCCAAUGAUUCUCAAGGUGGUAGCCACCUUACUGAAGAACUCUGCCCCCAGCACAGAGCUGAUGGAGGUCCGGCGGCUCUUUCUUUCUGACAUGAUCAAAUUGUUCAGUAACAGCCGAGAGAACAGACGGUGUCUCCUUCAGUGCUCAGUAUGGCAGGACUGGAUGUUUUCUCUAGGCUACAUCAACCCCAAAAACUCAGAUGAACAGAAAAUCAUGGAGAUGGUGUAUAACAUCUUUCGUAUUCUGCUCUACCAUGCCAUCAAGUAUGAGUGGGGAGGAUGGCGAGUGUGGGUGGACACACUUUCUAUAGCACAUUCUAAGGUGACGUAUGAGGCACAUAAAGAAUACCUGGCUAAGAUGUACGAGGAGUACCAGCGUAAGGAAGAAGAAAAUAUUAAGAAAGGGAAGAAGGGUUUGGUUAGCACAAUCUCUGGUCUGUCUGCUCAGGCUUCAUGCAUUCAGGGAACAAUUGAGAUCAGAGAAAUGGAUGAUAACAUGCAGACACCAGAGAGUGACACAGAAUAUGACAGCACAGACUCUCGCAUUCUGCUGGCUGAAGGAAAGGGGCCUGAAGAGAGUCUCCAAAGUACAGAAGGUGCAGAGGAUGGGGUCAGGGUUGAAGUUCAUGAUGUUCUGGUUGACAUUAAGGCUGAGAAGGUGGAGGCUACAGAGGUGAAGCUGGACGAUAUGGACACUGACACUGUGGGCGUAUCAGAAAACGGGGCACUGGUGGAUUCUCUGUUGGAUAAUGUUUAUUGUGCUGCUGUGGAAAAACUCAACAGUCACUCCAACAUCAUGCUGUUGCCCAAGGUUGCCAUGGAGGACCAAAAUGCUACCCCUCUUAUUACACUAGAUGAUGACAAGGACGGGAGCCCUAACAGCAAUAAUUCUUUGUUUGCUGAGGUGGGUAGCAACAUGGAGCACAAGCUAAUGUCUGAGCUGAAUCCAGUUAAGCCUCUGGUUCUACCCAGCCCAAAGCCAAGAGUUCAGUCCAGCACCAGUGAUGACCUUGGCCUUCUAGCACAUUUGACUAGCAGUUCUCAGCUUGGCUCCUUACCCAGUAUCUUAGAGAAGGAAGAGUGUGAACUGCCGGCAGCAAUGGGGAGCAUCAGCUAUGCAGCUGGAAGUGAGGCAGAGGCUUCUAAUGAAGCUCCAGAGGGCACUGAGGGUUCUGCUGCAGUGACAUCUGAAGGCGACCCCUCAGCUGUUAAGACUGGCAGUGCACCAGAAGCAGCCAGCACCAUUUCUGACACUGAAAGACCAGAUGAUGGCAAAGACAAGGAGAUAAAGAAGAUUCAGACAUCAGCCUCCACACGGAUCCUGCAUGGCCGCAUUGCCACUCAGGCAGAGAGGGACCUACGUGUAGACCUGGGUUUCAGAGGGAUGCCUAUGACAGAGGAGCAGUGCCGUCAGUUCAGCCCAGGCCCACGCACCACCAUGUUCCGCAUCCCAGAGUUCAAAUGGUCAGCCAUGCACCAGCGGCUGCUGACUGACCUCCUGUUUGCCCUGGAGAGUGACGUUCAUGUCUGGAGGAGCCACUCCACCAAAUCUGUCAUGGAUUUUGUAAAUAGCAAUGAGAACAUUAUUUUUGUUCACAACACCAUCCACCUCAUCUCACAGAUGGUAGACAACGUCAUCAUCGCCUGUGGAGGGAUCUUGCCUCUGCUCUCAGCUGCUACUUCUCCUUCUAUGGAAUUGGAGAGCAUUGAAGCAACACAGGGCAUGUCCUCGGAGACCGCCAUCACGUUCCUGUCCCGUCUCAUGGUGAUUGUAGAUGUCUUGGUGUUCUCAAGUUCCCUCAACUUUAGUGAGAUUGAGGCUGAGAAAAACAUGUCCUCGGGUGGCCUGAUGCGUCAGUGCCUCAGACUUGUGUGUUGUGUGGCUGUGAGGAACUGUUUGGAGUGCAGGCAGAGACACAGAGAUCGCAGAACAAAGUCUUCCAUUCCCAACAAGACUCAGGAAAUCCUGCAGAAUGUUGGGAUUUCUAGCAAGACAACUAUAGAGACAGUCUCCAAUAACCUGUCUCCAGUCAGAGAUCCUGAUCGCCUUCUGCAGGUUGUAGACAUCAGUCGGCUGCGUGCAGUUGUGUUUCGUGAUGUGGAUGACAGCAAACAGGCCCAGUUCCUGGCAUUAGCUGUGGUGUACUUCAUCUCUGUCCUCAUGGUUUCCAAGUAUCGAGACAUCCUGGAGCCCCAACGUGAAACCAGGAUAAGCACCCAAUCAGGUCACAGCAUGCGUCAGGAGAUCAACUCACCGACCAGCACAGAAACACCUCUUGGAUUUGAUAACAGUAAGGAUCAUGCUGUACUAUCAGAGGAUCUCCACAUGGAAGGCUUCCUUCCCCACACGGACUCUGGCAUCGGGGAGGAACAUGUCACCAGUGUCCUUAAUGGGUCUGACCUGGAACAUAGCGUGGGAGGCCCUGAUGCCAUGAGUGAACUCCUGUCUUCCCUGUCCUCAGAGGUGAAAAGGUCACAGGAGAGUCUAUGUGAUCCACCCAGCAUGGAGGUACUGAAACCAGGCUCCUCUAUCGUCAGCAUCAGCCAGCCAAAUAAGGGCAUUAAUGUCAAGGAGAUUCUCAAAAGCCUCGUGGCUGCUCCUGUUGAGGUCGUGGAGGCUGGCCUGGAGCCGAUGCCCUAUCCAAAUCCUGCUGCCAAGGCCCGGGCCAUGCUGCCGAUGCAGUUCCACUCUUUUGAUAGAAGUGUGGUGGUGCCUGUGAGGAAGGUGUCUCCUGGGAGCCUAGCAGUCCACACCGUGGGAAGCAGCAGCACAUCUGCUGGACCGACAGCUGGCAGCACACCAAACAUCUUUGCUGCCGUCUCCACAACCCCAAAAAGUAUGAUCAACACCACAGGACCAGCAGAUGCUCAGACGCCUGCUGCCUCCUCUUCGUCCAGUUUUGUCAAUGGCGCCACCAGUAAGAAUCUGCCGGCUGUGCAGACUGUUGCCCCCAUGCCUGAAGACACAGUGGAAAACAUGAGUGCCUUGUCUGAAGUGGACCAGAAUCCACUAGGCCAGGGACGGACAGCCGCUGAGCUCAGACGCUUUAGCUUGCAGGCAGCCUCCAGAGGUGCAGGCCAGUGUCUUAGCAUUACUGCAAAGCUGGAGAGAGCUUUGGAGAAGGUGGCGCCACUCUUGAGGGAGAUCUUUGUAGACUUUGCAGCCUUCUUGUCACGCACCCUGCUGGGCAGCCAUGGGCAGGAGUUGCUUAUAGAAGGUCUAGUGUGUAUGAAGUCCAGCACCUCAGUGGUUGAACUGGUCAUGCUGCUUUGUUCUCAGGAGUGGCAAAACUCCAUACAGAAGAAUGCCGGCCUGGCCUUCAUUGAGCUCAUUAAUGAAGGAAGGUUACUUUGCCACGCCAUGAAGGACCACAUAGUUCGAGUUGCUAACGAGGCAGAGUUCAUCCUGAACAGACAGCGAGCGGAGGACGUGCACAAACAUGCAGAGUUUGAGGCCAACUGUGCCCAAUAUGCUGCUGACAGAAAAGAAGAAGAGAGAAUGUGUGAUCACCUCAUCAAUGCUGCCAAACACAGAGACCAUGUGACAGCCAACCAACUAAAACAGAAAAUUGUCAACAUCCUCACCAACAAGCACGGUGCCUGGGGGACACCAGACCAGAGUCAGUUACAUGACUUCUGGCGUCUGGACUACUGGGAAGAUGACUUGCGGCGGAGGCGGAGAUUUGUCAGGAACCCAUUUGGCUCCACCCACUUAGAUGUUAUGUGCAAAUCGCUACAGGACUAUGGCACAAAGGAUGAUGAGGUGGUCAAGUCUAAAAGGGCUUUCCGUAGCCAAACUACAAGCAGCCAGAACCCUGAGCCAGAGCUGACGCUGGAAGGAGAAGAUGAUGCUGUCAGCCUUUUGCAGGAGAAAGAGAUGGAUAAUCUGGGAGGCCCGGUGGUUCUGAGCAGUCCGGCCCAGCUGGUCGCCCCGGUCCUGGUGGCCCGCGGGACACUGUCCAUCACCACCACUGAAAUCUACUUCGAGGUGGACGAGGAUGACCCUGCCUUCAAACGGGUCGACGUAAAGGUGUUACCAUACACUGAGGGUUUACAUGGGAAGUGGAUGUUCAGUGAGAUCCGGGCAGUUUUUUCCAGACGAUACCUUCUGCAGAACACAGCAAUGGAGGUCUUUAUGGCCAACAGAACAUCAGUCAUGUUCAACUUUCCUGACCAGGCCACAGUAAAGAAGAUAGUCUACAGUCUUCCUCGAGUUGGAGUGGGCACCAGCUAUGGUCUUCCACAAGCCAGACGAAUCUCUCUGGCUACCCCUCGACAGCUUUUAAAAUCAUCCAACAUGACUCAGCGCUGGCAGAGGAGAGAGAUCUCCAACUUUGAGUACCUCAUGUUUCUGAACACCAUCGCAGGGAGGACUUACAAUGACCUGAACCAGUACCCAGUUUUUCCCUGGGUCCUCACCAACUAUGACUCAGAGGAGCUGGACUUGACCUUGCCAGGGAACUUCAGAGAUCUCUCUAAGCCUAUCGGUGCUCUGAAUCCAAAGCGUGCAGCAUUCUACGCUGAACGUUAUGAGACAUGGGAAGAUGACCAGACACCACCGAGUCAUUACAACUCUCAUUACUCCACUGCUGCCUCCACCCUGCACUGGCUCGUUAGGAUAGAGCCUUUUACCACAUUUUUCCUCAGUGCCAAUAACAACAAAUUUGACCACCCUGACCGCACCUUUUCAGCCAUCGCUCGCUCCUGGAGGAACUGUCAGCGGGACACAUCUGAUGUAAAGGAACUGAUUCCCGAAUUCUUCUACCUUCCGGAGAUGUUUGUCAACAGUAAUGGCUACCAUCUGGGGAUGAGGGAGGACAGGACUAUGGUCUGUGAUGUGGACCUGCCAGUCUGGGCCAAGAUGCCUGAAGACUUCAUUCGAAUAAACAGGAUGGCCCUGGAAAGCGAGUUUGUGUCAUGUCAGCUGCAUCAGUGGAUUGACCUUAUUUUCGGCUACAAGCAGCGAGGCCCGGAGGCGGUGCGCGCCCUCAACGUCUUUCACUACCUGACGUACGAGGGCUCCGUCAACCUGGACAGCAUCACGGAGCCUUCGCUCAGAGAGGCCACAGAGGCGCACAUCCAGAGCCUUGGACAGACGCCAUCUCAGUUGCUUAUUGAGCCACAUCCUCCACGCAGCUCCGCCAUCCACCUGUGUUUCCUUCCACAGAGUCCUCUCAUGUUCAAGGACCAGAUGCAGCAGGAUGUCAUUAUGGUGUUAAAGUUUCCAUCCAACUCACCGGUAACACACGUGGCUGCCAACACUCUGCCCCAUCUGACCGUACCGGCUGUGGUCACUGUCACCUGCAGCCGACUCUUCGCUGUCAAUCGAUGGCACAACACAGUUGGUCUCCGAGGAGCACCGGGCUACUCCCUGGAGCAGGCCCAUCACCUGCCCAUAGAGAUGGACUCUCUAAUUGCCAACAACACUGCGAGCAACAAGCGUCAGAUCACAGACCUAGUGGACCAGAGCAUCCAAAUCACCACACACUGUUUCGUGGUGACAGCUGACAACCGCUACAUCCUUGUGUGUGGCUUCUGGGACAAGAGCUUUCGUGUGUACUCCUCCGAGACAGGCAAACUGGCCCAGAUAGUUUUUGGCCACUGGGACGUGGUAACAUGUUUGGCCAGGUCAGAGUCUUACAUUGGAGGAGACUGCUACAUCGUGUCUGGUUCCCGUGACGCCACCUUGCUGCUAUGGUACUGGAGUGGACGGCACCAUAUUAUUGGUGAUAACCCCAAUAACAGUGACUACCCAGCGCCACGAGCAGUUCUGACGGGUCAUGACCAGGAAGUGGCAUGUGUGGCAGUUUGUGCUGAGCUGGGACUAGUCAUCAGUGGGGCAAAAGAGGGCCCCUGUCUAGUCCACACCAUCACAGGGGACCUGCUGCGGGCUUUGGAGGGACCGGACCACUAUCAGAACCCACGUCUCAUUUCGGUGUCCAGUGAGGGUCACUGCAUCAUCUACUACGACAGGGGCUGCUUCUGCAACUUCAGCAUUAAUGGAAAAUUGCUGGCACAGAUGGAAAUCAAUGACUCCACCAGGGCCAUGCUCCUGAGCAGUGACGGCCACAACCUAGUGACAGGAGGAGACAACGGUGUUGUGGAGGUGUGGCAGGCAUGUGACUUCAAGCAGCUCUACAUCUACCCGGGCUGUGACGCUGGCAUUCGAGCCAUGGAUCUAUCUCACGAUCAAAGGACAUUGAUCACAGGCAUGGCCUCUGGCAGCAUUGUGGCAUUUAACAUCGAUUUCAACCGGUGGCACUUUGAGCAUCGGAACAGGUACUGAGGAGAGUCACAGAAGAUCUAAACAGUGAGCGAGGAGGAGCAACAUCAGCAUAUGGUCUUAAAAUGUGUUCACCUCUUACCGAACACAAUUUUCUGUUCAUUUUAACAUCUUGCCUGAUCACCAGCUAAAGCAUUUUCCAAACCAAGUCAAAGAGAGGCUGAAAUCAGCUUCAGUCAACACAGUCCGAUGCCAACUUUACAAAAUAAAUCCUUAUCUUUUCUCAACCUUUUGUUCCUCUUGAAAGUGAAUAUAAAGCAAAUCCUCUGUUAUGGACAUUUGUACGACAUUUGUAUGAUUGACACAUAUCUCAUUUGGAUGAAUUUUCUAGAACAAUCCCUCUAAAUAUACAUGGUGUACAGUUUACACCAAUAAAGGCUUGAAAAAAGACAAAUACUGUUAGAGUAGACAUGUUUCCAUCAUAUAUUAAUGUGCAGAUUGUCUUUGUUGCACUUCAGAUCUUUGUUGGUAAUAAAUGUCACGUUUGCUCAUUGUUACCAACAGUAGUCAGAUGUAUGUGACAAACGUUAUUUUGUUGUGUUUGAAUGUCUAAGGAAGGUUUCAGUGUCAAACGUGAUGUGAGCUUUGUUCUAUGUGAAGCAUUUUUAAAAUAGUUUUGCAAAAAA